GCAGCUAAGAUGGCGUCUGCGCACGCACGGGCGAGCCGAGACCGUGCAGGCGAGUAGAAAGUUGCAGAGACCGAAGACGCCGUUAUAAUCAACUCUUGCAAAAAGUGCAAAAGACGGAUGAGUUUGGGUGGAUAUGGCGAGUCCCGUGCACGGAUAGAGUAGGCUCUCUCUCGCCCUGCGCAAUGGAGCCCCCGGACCACAACAAGCCCCGCAGGCAGGACGGCCCUGCAGAGGUGGCGUCCUGCAGGGGUUCGGGGAUGGACGAUCACAUGGAGGAGGAGGAGGAGGAGGGAGAGACUCCACACACUGCCCCGCCCAUCACCCCCCACCAGCACAGCACACCCAACGAGCACCAGAGGGAUGACCUGGACGGGACGAUUGGACUCCUGAACGGGCGGGGCAAUGGUCACUCCCCAACACCCAGCAGGGGUCGGCUGGCACAGACUGAGGCUCUCACUGCGGUGGAGCUCUCGGAGGAGCGGGGCGAGCCCCAGAGCAAGCGUCACCCCACCUCCCGGCCCCGCCGCAAUCCCUUUGCGGGCUCCUUCGCUCUGGACCCCCUGGGUGGCCUCGGGGGGGACCCCCGGAAGCCCUACCUGAGCCUGGGCUGCGGAGGGGGAGGCAGGCUGCCGGUCUCCGUGCCCCCCUCGCUGGCCCGCACCCACCGGCAGACGUCCCGGUCCGACUGCCCCGCCGACCGCCUCAAGUUCUUCGAGACGCUGCGUCUCCUGCUGCGCCUCACCUCCAUGUCAUCCAAAAAGAAGGAGCGGGAGCAGCGGGGCCCCGAGCCUUCGGGCGUCCCGGGACACAGCACCGAGGUGGUGUGGCUGGAGCUGCAGGCCUGGCACGCCCGCCGCAGCGUGCCCGACCAGGACCUGUUCCUCUACAACGCCCGCAAGGACAUCCCGGAUACCAUCGAGCGCGUGCUCACCUUCAGGGUGGACUACCGCGGGCUGGGGGCGCCGCCGCGGGCGGAGGGUGGGGCGUGGCCCGGGGGGGCGCACCUGCAGCGGCAGCGGCUGGCGCUGGAGCAGGUGAAGCGGGUGAUGGGGCUGCUGGAGUCGGUGGAGGCACUGUACCCGUCCCUGCAGACCCUGCAGAGGGACUACGAGGGGUAUGCCGCGCGGGACUUCCAGGCCAGGGUGCAGGCGCUCUGCCUGUGGCUGAACAUCACGCAGGACCUCAACCAGAAGCUGUGGCUGAUGGGGACAGUGCUGGGGCUGCGAGACCCGUCCCGCCUGGGCUGGCCCGUCUUCCAGAACCCCUCCCCGCGCUGCUCGCGGGCCGACGAGGACGAGGAGGAAGAGGAGGACGAAGCGGAGGAGGAAGAGGGAGACACGCUGGCCAAUCUGGGCACUGCACUGUCGCCCUGCUCCCUGCACGAGCUCACCCGGCUACUUUCGGAGGAGGGGCUGGCCUGCCCGACGGGUAGCCCCGCCCCAGAGAGCGUCGGCCGGCCCGGGCCUCGCCCCUUCUCCAUCUACCGGCCCUUCGUGGACAAAGCGCUAAAGCAGAUGGGGCUUCGCAAGCUCAUCCUGAGGCUGCACAAGCUGAUGGGCCGCUCCCUGCAGAGGGCACGGGCGGCACUGCUCAGCCACGCCCCCACACAGGAGUUUUCGGAGUUCCCCGACCCGCUGCUCUACAGCGAUUACCUGCCGGAACUGUCCCCUCACCUGGCCCACAGCACCCCUGGGUGCGAGGAGGCGGGGCCGGAGCGAGUCUCGUGGGAGGAGCUCCUGGCCAUGGACCUGCCCUCUUUCCAGCCGGCGUUCCUGGUGCUGUGCCGAGUUCUGCUCAACGUCAUCCAUGAAUGCCUGAAGCUCCGCCUCGAACAGAGACCUGCAGGAGAGCCAUCGCUACUCAGCAUCAAACAGCUGGUGCGUGAGUGUAAGGAGGUUCUGAAGGGCGGUGCUCUGAUGAAGCAGUAUUACCAGUUCAUGCUAUGUGGCGUCGUCACCGACCCCCUGCAGGCCAAUGGCAACAUUGAUGACUUCGAGGAGGACCUGCACAAGAUGCUGAUGGUGUAUUUUGACUACAUGCGCAGCUGGAUCCAGAUGCUGCAGCAGCUGCCACAGGCGUCUCACAGCCUGAAGAACCUGCUGGAGGUGGAGUGGAGCUUCACCAAGGUCAUCACUCCCUACAUCCGCGGGGGAGAGGCCCAGUCUGGACGCCUCUUCUGUGACAUUGCGAGGAUGCUGCUUAAGUCUACAGGAGACUUCCUGGAGGCGGGGCUACAGAGGAGUGGCAAUGAAUUCUGGGAAAGUGCAGAUGACAUUUCGCCCUUGGGAGAGAUCAGGCGCUCGGUCAUCGAGACGAGCCGCUCACUGAAGGAGCUCUUCCAUGAGGCGAGGGAGAGGGCGUCCAAAGCGCUGGGCUUCGCCAAGAUGCUCCGCAAGGACCUGGAGAUCGCCGCCGAGUUCACCUUCUCUGCCAGCCUGCCCACCUUCCUUGAGGCUCUGAAAGAGAGGAACUAUGUAAAGGUGCAGAUUCCAGGGCUGGAUGAGCUGCAGGUGUUCAUUCCGAGCCGCCUGGCCCCGCAGCGUGACAUUGUCCUGCAGCUGCUGAGGGCGGCGGCCGGGAAGGACUGUUCUAAGGAGCCGGACGAGAUCCUGGACGAGAUCUCCGAUGAGGCCUACCUGCUGCUGAGCAAGCAUGGAGCCUGGGACUCGCCUGCGGAGGCCAGCUGGCCGCAGUGGGAGGGCAGCCUGCUAAAGCUGCUCCCUCAGGUGGAGACUGUGGACACCCUCCGGGCCAUGAAGGUGGAGAACCUGCUGCUGAUAGUGAUGCAGUCGUCCAGCUUGUCAGCCCAGCGCAGGGCGUUCCAGCGCCCCCUGGAGGACCUGGUGACCCUGCGGAGCGAGCAGACAUCCAGCCAGCCGGUCAUUGCAGGAGCUCUGGAGCAGCUGAAGAAUGAGGCCCUGCAGCUUUGCAUCAAGAUCAGCGCAGCCAUUGACCGGGUGGAGUACAUGUUCACCUCCGAAUUCGAGGCGGAGGUGGAGGAGUCCGAGUCACCCACCCUGCAGCAGUACUACAGAGAGGCCAUGAUCCAGAGCUUCAACUUUGCCUUCGAGUACCAUAAGGAGGUGGUGCGGCUGAUGUCUGGGGAGUUCCGGCAGAGAAUCGGGGAGCGCUACAUCACCUGUGCCCGGAAGUGGAUGAUCCAUGUCCUGACCAAGUGCGAGAGUGGGCGGGGCACACGGCCUAGGUGGGCCACUCAAGGCUUCGACUUCCUGCAGUCCAUUGAGCCGGCGUUUAUUUCCAUUCUGCCAGAGGAAGACUUUCUGAGUCUGCAGGCUUUGAUGAACGAGUGUAUUGGUCAUGUGAUCGGGAAACCUCACAGUCCAGUCAGUGGCCUGUACAUCGCCACGAGAAACAGCCCUCGGCCCAUUAAGGUUCCCCGUUGUCAUAGCGACCCCCCAAACCCCAACCUGUUCAUGCCCAACACCGACGGCUUCAGCUCUAGGAGUCUCCCCUGUGACCUUCGGACCUCCCCCCGCCCCGCCCCCCAGGGCGUUGGGGAGCCCAGUCACCCCAAACCCAUCAGCGUCCCCUCUGACCUCAGAGGCUCCAAUCUCCAUGACAACGACCGGCUGUCGUCGGGGGCACCUGAACAGCAGUUUAAGUCGCUUAGCCGCCACUCCAGCCCCACAGAGGACAGGGAAGAGCCCUAUUACCCAAAGGUGGACCCAAAUGCCACUGCAAGACGCAGCUGGGAGCUUCGAAACUUCAUCAGUCAGUCUAAAGACACGGCAGCGAGGCAGAGCCCCAUGGAGGCGGUCCGGCGCUCAAUCCGCUCGUUUGAGGAGCAGCGCUAUGCUCUCAUGAAGCAGCGCAACAUCAUCGGCCAGGUGUGCCACACGCCCAAGUCCUACGACACCGUCAUGCAUGUUGGCCUCCGCAAGGUCACCUUCAAGUGGCAGAGAGGCAACAAGAUCGGUGAGGGGCAGUAUGGGAAGGUGUACACCUGCAUCAAUGUGGACACUGGAGAGCUCAUGGCCAUGAAAGAGAUCAGGUUUCAGCCCAACGACCAUAAAACAAUAAAGGAGACAGCAGAUGAGCUGAAAAUCUUUGAGGGAAUAAAACACCCCAACCUGGUGCGCUACUUUGGGGUGGAGCUACAUCGGGAGGAGAUGUACAUCUUCAUGGAGUUCUGUGAUGAGGGAACUCUGGAGGAGGUGUCCAGACUCGGACUGCAGGAGCAUGUCAUCCGCCUCUACAGCAAACAGAUCACCACGGCAACCAACGUGCUCCAUGAGCACGGCAUCGUGCACCGUGACAUCAAGGGAGCCAACAUCUUCCUCACGUCGUCGGGCCUGAUCAAAUUGGGCGAUUUUGGCUGUUCAGUGAAACUAAAGAACAACGCCCAGACCAUGCCAGGGGAGGUGAACAGCACCCUAGGAACGGCAGCGUACAUGGCCCCUGAGGUCAUCACGAGGGCGAAGGGCGAAGGUCACGGCCGGGCAGCUGAUAUCUGGAGUCUGGGCUGUGUCAUCAUCGAGAUGGUGACGGGGAAGAGGCCGUGGCACGAGUACGAACACAACUUCCAGAUCAUGUACAGGGUGGGCAUGGGCCACAAGCCGCCCGUCCCGGAGAAGCUGAGCGCCGAGGGGAAGGACUUCCUGGCGCACUGCCUGGAGAGCGACCCCAAGCAGCGCUGGACUGCCAGCGCGCUGCUGGACCAUCCCUUCGUCAAGGUGUGCACAGAUGAAGAAUGAAUGGAAAGUUUGGUCCAGCAUACCUCGCCGUGUACCUCAUACACAAAAUACUGUAUGUAAUAUUUACAAGCAAAUGUGUUCUGAAGAAACAAGAAGACCCUCAGCCAUGAUGCCUUUUUAAACAGACGCUCGAGGCCAACCCUUCCCAGCAUGCACCUCUGUAGAGAAAUCCCAGCAGAUGAGCAAGUGGUUUACACACAGCUCUGUGGUGGCAUUGUAUUCUGUUUUACACGCAAUGGGGGGAGGUUGUAAAUUCUUGUAUAUAGAAUAUUGUAAAGAAUUAUACCCCAUUUUGGAGCUGCUGUGUUAUUCUGGAUGAAUUAAAAGCAACAAGUACAGAGAAUUUAAAUGAGCACUUUCCCCCGGCCAGGUGUGUAAGGAGAGUUGGGGAGUGGGGGUGGGGGGUCGUGGUUACCUGUGUCGGCAGGUAGGGAGCAGUCUCCACCUGCUUUUCAA